CAUGGCAGUUGGAAGGACAGAGUGCCAUUGCCUUCCUGUUUGACUUUGUGGAAACAUUUCAAGACCCUCAUCCUGGGUUCGGAGUUCUUGACAGUCGGCCUUUAGCCAACACAAAUGCCACCUUGCUGCUCUAUGUGACUGAGGCUGACUCUUUGAGAGUGACUGAGGUGGCUCUGGUAACCGAAUUCGGGGCAACAGUGGUUGCAGCAACUCUUGAAGAGAUAGGAGGGGGUGGCUACUUAGCCUCUGUGGACAUGGUGCCAGCGGAAAGUUUUGCUGUUCAGCUGAAGGGUGUGAUCGUCGGAAACUCCAAUUCAUCACUGGAGAUCUUUCAGAGACAGUCCUCCACCCAGCUCAGGGCCUCGGGGCUGAUCGUCUCGUCUCAGACAACAGCUACACUGAAGCCUGGGGUUGCUCUCGCCAUCCCUUUCAGCAUAGACUCUAAUGCCACCGGUGCCUUCACCAUCCAGGCGAGGAAUAACCGCAGGUUCAGCUCAUCUUUCCCCAGCAGUGUGACCCUAGAUGCUGGAGGUCAUGCUGAGGGCACAGUGACCCUCACAGCUCCGUCAGGCACCCCCUCAGGCACCGACGUCACGCUGACUAUCGUGGCCGAGGCUCCUGGAGGCUCAGACUUCAACUAUGUCGUGCUGCGCCUGACAGUCUUCUCUGAAGUGACCGAUAUCUUCCCUCCGGUUUGCCAUGUGACUGAUGUUAGCGCAGAAUGCACAGGCAACUGCAGCCUGUCGACUUGGCAACUAUCCGCAAACCUGACAGACGGCUACGGGACUGGUAUCGAGAGCAUCACAGUCCGCCGGGGCAGCGGCACCCUCACCACCACCGUGGUGACCGGUGCAGACGGACUGAACGUGACCCUGGCCUCUUACAGGGCUUCAUGCUGCUCCGAAGAGGUGGAACUGGUGGCUGUGGAUGCGGUGGGGAAUGUGGGCAUCUGCUCCAAAUCCAUCAAGGUCAAGAGCCCCCCCUGUUUCUUACGCAAGGUCAUCGCUCAGCUGAAACAAAAGUUCUGAUGACAUUUAGUGGGAGUUGGACCUGCCACAGAGGUGACGACACAAUGCUUUAAUGACGGGCCAUGAUGAAAAAAAUAUUGCGAUUCUCAACCAGCCACUUAGCCAAAAUCAUCACAUAAGAGGAACCAUACCAAAAUAGCAUGGUUAAAUGAUUUAAACCAUUUCACAUUUUAAAAGGCUGUACUGCUGGCUCUACUGUAAUAUAGUGGCAAGCAUAUUAUGAUACAAUAUAGUAGGCUAUCACUGUCUUUUUAGGUUUUACUUUAAGACAAUAUGGUCUGGCACAAGGUUCAAAAUUCUUCUCCUAAUAAAGCAUGAGUGUUAAUUUGCAUAAAAAGUAUUAU